GGGGACGAACGGACUCGGGCCAAAUGCAAAUAUAAGACGAAUGGACACGAUACCCGAAUAUUUUUUGGAUUUGAUGCGAUCGGAAAAGACUUAAGAGUGACGUGGCACUUCGAAUUAAAUAUGUCGACGAAUGGUGUUGAAGAUAUUUAUCUAUUUGACCCAGAACUCCUUCAUGAUCUGGAGUUUGAAGAUCAGAAAUGUGCAAUUUACAAGCCGGAAAUCAAUCCUACAGACCCUGGGGAGAGACUUGCACUUAGGCCCCUGUGUAUCUCAGACUUCGACAAAGGCUACCUGUCACUCCUUACUCAUUUGACAAAGGUUGGUGAUAUAUCCCAGGAACAGUUUGAAGAACGAUUCCAAAUGAUGAAAACCCAACCCAGUCUGUACUACACUGUAGUGAUAGAAGAUACAGCCACCAACCAAGUAGUCGGAUCCGCCACCCUAGUGAAGGAAAUGCACUUUAUACGACAGUGUGCUUCUAGAGGCAGGAUAGAAGAUGUGGUUGUGAACAGUUCAUAUCAAGGGAAACAGCUGGGAAAACUACUUGUUGAUGUAUUAACUCUACUUAGCAAGAAAGUCGGCUGUUACAAAGUGUCUCUGGAAUGUCUUGACAAAAUGGUGCCAUUUUAUUCCAAGUUUGGAUACGUCAAGGAAGAGGGGCAGAAUUACAUGUGUCGCCGAUACAUUCCCAAAUAGAACAAGGACCAGAUGUUGAGAUCAGAGGCCAAACUUGGGGGGAAAUUUCUACUAAGUCUGUAUAGAAUCUCUAAUAAUGUGUUAGAUUUUUAUGAUAUGCAUGUUUAUACAUGUAUGCUGUGGAAUCAGAUAUAUAUUACUCUGUGUGUACUUACAUCAGCAGCCUAACGGCAGAUCAGGAACAAUCCUGUCUCUUUGUAAUAUGCAUGCAUGUUAAUUUGUAUUUUGCACUGAUCAUAAAUUAACACACUGUGCCAUUUUAUGAAUCCUGCUAAAAUAAGUACACACACAGUAUAUAUACUCAUGGUGGUCAAUUUUUAUGGUUUUAUGGGGUUUAUUUUAUUCUGGUCACAGGGAUGUAAAUCCAUGGAUCUGUUCCAUUUUGUGAUUUUUAAACUAAUGUUUCAUAACAAGUUUUCUUGGCUAUGAAAUUGUCUAUACUGAGUAACUUUAGAAAGAUUGAUGCACAAUGACAAAUCAUGUUUUCACAGUAGAUGUCUGUGAUAUUGAAUGUAUAUUUUCUCUACAUGUAGUAGAAGUGAUUGUAUUGCUGCAUAAUAAUCAUGAUAACUGUAUACAAGUCGAUGACCGUAGUAUUAUAUUACGGUCAUCAAAAAAUGGCAGCUGACCUCAUCGGUAAGAAUUUUUAGGUCACUUGAGUUUACUCAGAUGACCUAUUGCAAUUGGAUGUCAUCCUACGACGUGCGUUAACAAUUGAACAUUUUUAACUUCUUGAUAACUACCAGUCCAAUUCUUUUCAUAUUUGGCAUGAAGAAUCUUUGGGACAAGGGGGGCAUAAUUGUAAAUUUCAGGACUCCAGCAGGGGCGGGGCAAAAACUGUCCAAAAUUUACCAAUUUUCAAAAAUCUUCUUCUCAAGAACCGCACAUGUGUAAGAAAAACUAAAUGCAUAUUGAUGUAGAGCAGGAAGGCCUCUACCAAAAUUGUAAAUUUCAUGAUCCCUGGGGUAGGAGUUCUGACCCCAGGGCGGGGCCAAAUUUAGUAUGCAGUAUUUAUCUGUAAGUUUGCUGAUACUGUAUAAAAUGUAAAUGCAUACUUAGGAAUAGCAGAAAGGGAUGUACAAAAAAUGGUGAUUUUACAACCCAGGGUUUUGACUCUAGGAUGGGUCCAAAUUAGUCAUAUCUUUUAAUGUUAAAACAUCUAUUAUAUUAUUCAAAGCCUUUCAUCAGUUUAUGCUUUUUUAAGGGUAUUGUAGUUUUAAGAACACAUCUUUUUUUAUACUGUUGCUGAACAUAAGAAUUAAGCUUUAAUUAAAUAGGUAUUCAGAACAGGAAUUUUUUUUACUAGAUUUCAUCACCCUUGGGAGUAGUGAUACUUUUUCACUAGUACUUAGGUGACCGAUAAGGCCUGUGGGCCUCUUGUAUUAUCACGAUUUCAAAAGAUUGAUUAUUCAUUUGCAUCAUUUUACGAUAAUUAUCAAGUAUCCAGUGGAGUAUUCUUAAUGUUCAUCACUGUAAUUUUCUCAAAAGCAGGGUUAUUUAUUGAUAAAACGACCUCCAAGUUUUGUAGUAUGAUGACCGUAAAAAAUAAUUACGAUGACCGUAUACUCCGAUUUUGAAUUGAGACUGCAAAAAACCAAGGCCCCACAUCACAGCAGGUGUGGCACGAUAAAGAUCCCUCCCUGCCCAAAUGCCGCAAGUGCUGAGCAUUGGCCUAAAUUUUGCAGCCCUUCAUCGGCAAUGGUGACGUCUCCAUAUGAGAGAAAGAUUCUCAAGCAGAACGUUAAAGAGACACUACAGCUCAUUUUGCGCAAAAAUCAUGAAAUAACAAUUUUCCUAGUGCUUU